AUGUCUACCAUAAUUAAUGAAUCUUCAAAACCCUCUUGUCUGGUCAUUGGCGCCGGCGGAGUAGGUGUAAUUACAACAUACUCGCUUUUUAACGCUGGGUUAAGCGAAGUCUCGCUCGUAGUACGUUCCGACUACGAACACGUUAAGCAAAAUGGCUACUCAAUCGAGUCCUGCGAUUACGGGUCCAUCAGCAACUGGAGACCACACCAUUUGUUCAAAACUGCCCAUGAUGCCGCGCAAUCUGGUCGUUUCUUCGACUAUAUCGUGGUAACGGUCAAAAACAUUCCAGACGGUCCCAAGAGUGGAACUGUGCACGAAAUUGUUCGUCCCGUGGUCGAGUCCAACCAUCAAAUAGACGCUUCGCGCAUCACUAGUAUCAUGCUGAUACAGAAUGGACUAGACAUCGAAAAAGAGCUGUUGGAGCAUUUUGACCAAAACUGCUACAAACUCGCACUUUUGUCGGGCGUUCAGUUGAUCGGGUCCACCAAAGUUGGACCUGGGAAAGUGGUUCAAAUUAGCGCGGACAGGCUAAGUGUGGCGCCGUUCGAUGCCGUUGACGAGAUCGCCAUCGAGCGCACCAAACUUUUCGCUACAAUGUACAACAACGAGGGUCACAACGAGGUGAAGUAUGAGAACAAUGUCAAGUAUAUCCGUUGGAGGAAACUGCUUUACAAUGCUGUGAUCAACACUACCACAGCGCUCACUCAGGUGGACUCUGCAAGAUGUCAGAUGCUUUCAAGAGAAAGCAAUAGCACCGAGAAUUGCCUGUGGAUUCCAGCCAUGAAGGAAGUCAUAGCCAUUGCAGCCAGCGAAGGUGUCACAAUUGAUCCGAAGGAGAUGGAGUUUUUCCUGGUCCUCGCGAAAACUUUUGUCUAUAAACCAUCUAUGUGCAUUGAUUAUGAAAAAGGUCAAUUGAUGGAACUUGAGGUCAUUCUAGGUAACCCCUUGAGAAUUGCUCGAAAGAAUGGCGUCUCAGCACCCACCUUGUUCGUUAUCUACCAUUUGAUGACUAUCCUACAAGGAAAAAUCAAAGAACGUCAGGGCAUAAUCCGCUUCAAUGAAAAAACCAUCAAAGUCGAGAGCGUACUAGAAUAA